AUGAACGCACCAGAUCGUUUCGAACUAUUCGUGAUUCCUGAGGGACGGAGAAAGGUGGAGAUGGAAGUCGACACAAAGAUCCCCAAUGCUGCUACUUUCAAGAUCGAACGUGAAGAUCACACGCUUGCCAACAUGUUAAGAACGCAACUGCUAAAGGAUCCGCGCGUACUAUUCGCAGGCUACAAAGUACCUCAUCCACUCGAACAUAACUUUUUGAUCAAAGUACAGACCGUUCCUGGCACAGCACCGGGUCAGGCAUUGAAAGACGCAACCUCGGAACUUAUCUCAGAGAUCAACACAUUGAAGAACAAGUUUGAUAUGGACGUCAUUCGCCACCGCACAUUCGAAGACGCAAAGGCCACACAAUCUGGUAUGGGCGCAUUCGAUGCUGGUGAGGCUGGCCGACAGCCUGGCGGAUUGGAUCCAACCCGACCGGGUAUGGAUUUGGAUUUCUAA